UAUUCCCAAUUGUCCCUACUUUCAAAAUUCACUACGCUUGUCGGGUCCUUAUCGGAUCUUUAUGCAUCCAUUCUGCUGCUCGUCGCCAGUUCCAAUCUCGCCGACGACCGCUCCUCUCUCCCUCCGAUGCCUCUCCCUCCUUCUUCUCCCACUUUCAGAUCCAAAACCUCGCCCGAUUCUGAGCCUGCUAUCGCCACCUCCUCCAACGCUAACGGGUUCAGAUUCGCAUCCAACCACCUCCUCGAUCAUCGAGAGGUUAGGUUGAAUGACGUUGUAGGCAACGGGAUCUCGGGGAUUUUACAGAAGUGGGUGAAUUAUGGCAAAGGAUGGAGACCGCGGUGGUUUGUGCUUCAGGAUGGAGUUCUUUCGUAUUAUAAGAUCCAUGGACCCGAUAAGAUCGAGGUUAGUCAAGAGAGGGAGAAAGGAUCGAAGGUUAUUGGUGAGGAAUCGAUGAGGAGAUUGUCUCGGCAGAGUAAUGGCCACUCGAUGACGCGGCCGAAAGCCAUUGGAGAAGUCCAUCUUAAGGUUUCGACAAUUAGGGAGAGUAGGUCGGAUGAUAAGAAGUUUUCGAUAUUUACGGGGACGAAGAGGCUGCAUCUUAGGGCGGAGACGAGGGAGGACCGGAUCAUGUGGAUGGAGGCCUUGCAGGCCGUGAAGGAGAUGUUUCCGAGGAUCUCAAACAGUGAAUUGAUGGCUCCGGUGGAUAAUUUCACGGUGUCCACGGAGAAAUUGAGGCAGAGGUUGAUGAAGGAGGGGGUUAGUGAGGCGGCGAUUCAAGAUAGUGAACAGAUCAUGAGGAAUGAGUUUGCAGCGUUGCAGACUCAGCUUACAUUGCUUAAGCAGAAGCAGGCGAGGCUUAUUGAUACACUACGGCAGUUGGAGACAGAAAAGGUAGAUUUGGAGAAUACCCUUGUAGAUGAGAGCCAAAGGCAGUCAAAAGAGCAUGGAUCUUCUUUUCGAUCAAGAAAUGAGAAAUUUAGCGAAGGAAGUACAAGUGAAUUGGAGGAUGACAAUGACAGACAAGAUGCUGCAGAAGAAGAUUCUGAAGAAGAGGAUAAUGCAUUUUUUGAUACACGGGAUUUUCUCUCCUCUAGUUCUUUCAAGAGCAGCUCUUCUGACUUUCUUAGAUCAGAAAUCGAUUCUGAUGAUGAGGAGCAAAUUUCGAUUUGUUCAAUCGAUGGUUCUGAUGUGACCGUAAGGGCAAUGACGGCUAAUUAUCCGUAUAUCAAGAGACGUAAAAAGUUGCCUGAUCCAGUUGAAAAAGAGAAAGGAGUCAGCCUUUGGUCAAUGAUAAAAGACAAUAUCGGGAAAGAUCUUACCAAAGUUUGCCUUCCUGUAUACUUCAAUGAACCGCUUUCAUCCUUACAGAAAUGCUUUGAAGAUCUGGAAUACUCUUACCUUCUAGACCGUGCAUAUGAAUGGGGUAAACAGGGAAAUGGUCUUAUGAGGAUCCUUAACGUGGCUGCAUUUGCUGUUUCUGGAUAUGCUUCAACUGAAGGUAGAGAUUGCAAGCCAUUCAAUCCACUUCUGGGUGAAACAUAUGAAGCUGACUAUCCAGACAAAGGCCUCAAAUUUUUCUCAGAAAAGGUCAGUCAUCAUCCUAUGGUUGUUGCAUGCCAUUGUGAGGGUACCGGAUGGAAGUUCUGGGGAGAUAGUACCUUGAAAAGCAAGUUUUGGGGUCGUUCUAUCCAGCUUGAUCCUGUUGGUGUUCUAACUCUCGAGUUUGACGAUGGAGAAGUUUUUCAAUGGAGCAAGGUGACGACUUCCAUCUACAACCUUAUACUUGGGAAGCUAUAUUGUGACCAUUAUGGUACAAUGCGAGUACAAGGAAAUCGUGAAUAUUCAUGUAAGCUAAAGUUCAAGGAGCAAUCUAUAAUUGAUCGCAAUCCCCAUCAGGUCCAUGGAGUAGUUCAAAAUCGCCAUGGUAAAACGGUAGCCACUCUCUUUGGUAAGUGGGAUGAGAGCAUGCAUUAUGUCAGUGGAGAUUACUCCGGAAAAGGCAAAGGAACUGAAGUCUCUGAAGCCCACCUCUUAUGGAAACGGAGUAAACCUGCUCAAUAUCCAACUCGGUACAACUUGACACGCUUUGCAAUUACAUUGAAUGAGCUUACUCCUGGACUAAAGGAAAAGCUACCACCUACAGAUUCAAGGCUAAGGCCUGAUCAGAGGUGCUUGGAGAAUGGGCAGUAUGAAAUGGCAAAUGCAGAAAAGUUGAGAUUGGAGCAGAGACAACGUCAGGCGAGAAAGAUGCAGGAGCAAGGUUGGAGGCCUCGGUGGUUUGCCAAAGAUAAAGGCAGAGACACAUACCGAUACAUGGGUGGUUACUGGGAAUCCCGAGAAAAGGGCCAAUGGGAGGGCUGUCCCGAUAUUUUUGGUCAAGUUCCAAACGAUCAAAUUGUUGAGACAUGAAACUUGAAAACACCACCUUCCAUUGAUUUACCUCCAGGCUUCUCUCCUUGUGCUUCAAGAUGCACCAUUUUCGAGCCAGUUAUAGGUUACAGAAGCUAUUUUUUUUUCAUUUAAUAAGAAAUGACCUUCGCCUGGAUGGAAUUGUAGAUGAAAUGGGUCAAUAGAAGAAAAAUAUUAGGGAAGAACAACAAAGGUUAUUUCUUCUGAUUGUGCAGUGGAGCCUCAUAUAGAGAAUGGCAGUUUAUACUUGAUCAGUACAGCAGAGGAGAAAAGGCAGAUAUUUGAGUUUUCAGUGAAUGAACAGAGAAUUUGAUUGUAUCUUAGUCUGGUAGCAGUUUGUUUAAAAAGUUACUUUUACUGGUAAAUAUUUUGAAAAGGUAGCAAUAUAUCUUGAAUAAUCACAAUUUCUUUCAAAA